AUGGUCAAAUUCUUGAAACCUGGAAAAGUAGCGAUUAUACUUUCCGGUCGAUUUGCUGGCAAAAAAGUGGUAAUCGUGAAGAAUUACGACGAAGGCACUAAAGAGCGACAAUAUGGACACGCUAUUGUCGUGGGGAUUGAAAGAUAUCCGGCAAAGGUGACAAAACGAAUGGGGCCCAAGCGUAUCGCCAAAAGGUCACGAGUUAAGCCUUUCAUCAAGAUCAUAAACUAUAAUCACCUUAUGCCUACCAGAUAUGUAUUCGAGUUGGACGAUAUCAAACAGCUCGUAACUCCUGAAGUCUUCAAGGAGCCUACUCAACGAGAGACGGCCAAGAAAGCAUUGAGAAAAUCCUUAAAAGAAAAAUAUACAUCGGGAAAGAAUAGGUGGUUCUUCGAUAAACUUCGAUUCUAA